AGAGCAUGCCCUGGUGAGCGGGCUUCUGUUCUCUGGGGGAGCCCAGCGCGCUCCGGGCGCCUACCGGUUUGGGGGUACCUCCUCCCGGGGCGCCAUGGCGGCGCUGGCCAGUAGCCUGAUCCGGCAGAAGCGGGAGGUCCGCGAGCCCGGGGGCAGCCGGCCCGUGUCGGCACAGCGGCGCGUGUGUCCCCGCGGCACCAAGUCCCUUUGCCAGAAGCAGCUUCUCAUCCUGCUGUCCAAGGUGCGACUGUGCGGGGGGCGGCCCUCGCGGCCAGACCGCGGCCCCGAGCCUCAGCUCAAAGGCAUCAUCACCAAACUGUUCUGCCACCAGGGUUUCUACCUCCAGGCGAAUCCCGACGGGAGUGUCCAGGGCACCCCAGAGGACAGCAGCUCCUUCACCCACUUCAACCUGAUCCCCGUGGGGCUCCGUGUCGUCAGCAUCCAGAGCGCCAAGCUGGGUCACUACAUGGCCAUGAACGCCGAGGGGCUGCUCUACAGCUCGGUGGUAUGACCCCCAGUCUCCCUGCCCACCUACUGUCUCUGAGGCCCUCUGAGCCAGUAGGACCCGAUGUCAGAGUCUGUCGUGGAGGAAUUCUUGGAUAAUGGGGGUUCCCCAACUCCCUUUUUGGAACACAGUUCUCGUCUCUGGAGGAGGCGCACAGAGGGGCACGCUGGAGAAGCGCGCGGGCAGUGCCCUCCACGUCCCGCUCCCCGGAAGAAGCACUUUCCACGCGGUAGGAGCAGCGUCUUGAAUGGAUCCCGCCCGCCAAGCCGCCCCCCUUGCGCGCAGCCUUGGCCUCCUCCACCGCGGCACGCAGAGCCCCGGCUGGGUCCCCACGGAGCCGGGCCAACCCCGGGAGCAGAGCGGCGGCGGAGUCCCCCGCACGGAGCUUUCGGCCCCUCAGAAAAUAGUGGGGCAACGCCCCAGCCUCGAGCACGCGGCUCAGCUCGUCCAGCAGCCCGAGGCAGCAGGCGCCCGCGUUCUCCGGCCGCGCCAGGUAGAGCGCGGGCAGCCGCUCGCACGCCCAGUAGAGCAACAUCCGCAGCAGGUAGGGCGCCGCGGCCCGGGUCCCCGCCACCAGCGGGCGCAGCAGCGCCUGGGCCGCGGCCUGCGCCUGCAGCAGCGGCUCGGGUAUGCGCGUCUUGAGCGCCAGCUCCUGGCGGGCGAAGCAGAGCUGCCAGCCGCAGGCGCCCGAUCGCUCCGUGCUGCCGCCGGGCACCAGGUAGAAGGAGGCCGGCCCGGGAGCUAGCGGGCCUGCCCACGAGUGGCUCCGAGCCCCCUCGGGCCAGCCGGCCACGGACACCACGGGGAUCAGGUCGAAGAGCAGUAGGCGGCGCGGGGGACCCGGAGUGGCCAAGAGAACGGUGGUGAACCCUGCGUGGCGGGCUGCGUGCACCAGGCGCGGAGAGCCUGGGACCGGAAUCAGGGUCUCGGCGACCGCGGCCAACGCGGCAAAGAACCAGGCAGCAACUUGGGCGGGACACAACGUGGGCCACGUCUCAGGCCUCUGACAGCUGGCUUGGUGACCUCACCAGGUUCCUCGACAGUACUUGAUUUUUCCAAAGUCAUGUGCAGCUCAGGCUUACUGAGGUUAUUGUGCCACUGGUCCAGCACAAACCAUCUCGAUCUGAUGGAUUCAACCACAUCCUUUUGGGUCUGCAGGUCCUAGGCAAUCCUGCCUCACCUCCCAGACCAAGUAUCCUUGCUCCAGCUCUGGGAGGCAGAUCUGUGCAUAACAGGAUUCCAGGUCCAGUUGCAGCUCCGGCCCAGUGCUCUCCAGCAAAAAUACCGGCACCAGGAGCGUGAAGCCAGCAUCUAGUGAGGUCCCCGGGGAAAGGGACCCAGUGGUGCAGGUCCCAGAUCUAGGGAGCCCUCGCGAAUCCUGCCAUGAAGCAGCAAGAGCUCUGCCAUGGGAGGACAGCAGGGGUCCUGGCGGUGAACCAGGCCUAAGGGAAGAGAAGAGAUCUCCAGGACGUGGUCAAAAGCCAGGCUGGAUACAAGGCUUGGCCAAGAGCUGCAAGUUCCCGAAGGCAAGGUGGGUUACUUACCAAGCAAAGAGAAGACAAAGUCCUUGGCCCGGAGGAGGUCUGGUCCCGGCUUGGGCCCAUUACUCCAGCUCUCCUGCAGCCCCAGCUCCUGGAUCAGCUGGGUCAGUUCCUGAAGCUGCGCCCCAGAGCAGAAGUCGAUGUCCGUGAGCGGCUGGGCUGGGGCCGGGGAUGGUGGGCCCCACAAUGUGGCACCCCCCCUCCCCCCCAGACCGCGGAAGCCAUGUGAGUCUAUCCUUUUUGGCAACAAGAAACACGGACGGGAGGCAGCGGAGACCGACCUUUGCUUUGUUGCUGAGAAGUUGCCUCAUAUCUUCCCUCUUCCAGAGACCCAGCGAGGGUCCCAAGCACAGUGUACAACUGGGUCUGCAGAUGAGUGGCUGCAAAUGCAGCUUUUAAAAUGAACAAAUAAAUACCACCUCCCUCUUUGCCCUUCUCCCAUGCAGUCCCCACCCCUAAGGGCCAGUUCACCUGACUCAGCAGGUAGAAAGUAGCUGUUGGGUCCCUCCUAUGAGAUGCAAUGGCCAGUCCCUGCAGCAGCCCAGCAAUUUCCUUCAGCUGUUUCCCUUUACCUCUUUUUGGGCCAAGCUUAUGGUCUGUGGCUUCCCUCUUAGGGGUGGCCACAAGAGUGGGGAAGAGGGUGGGUAGAAGGAUUCAACAGGUAACUUCUGCCUCUUGCCCACCUGGCCCCACAGUUAGAUUACGACCACACCCCUUUGGGGUGACUCUCGGGAGUGGUGCCCGCCCAGCCUGCGUUGGGUCAGAGUGCACGCCCUGGUUUCAUGCUGCUAAGAUCUCGCGCUGUAUCCUGGGAGUUGUAGUUUGUCUCCUGAACUCAUAGGGCGAUGGCAUCUCGUCCCCACAUCCUUUUCCGUUCUGCUGAAGCGGUGCCUGAUGGAAGUUGUAGUUUCUAUGGAGAUAGACCACUCUGCGUCUUUCCAAAACCAAUCCACCCCACCUGUGCAUUCCCUGGAAUUGGAGAAAAGUGUAAUAGGAUGGACCUGGAUAGCAAAUAACCAGAGAUACAACCUAGGGCUUGGGAGAAGUAAGGGCCCCUGGAUCCCCUGUGUGAGUAGAGGAGCUCUGGUCACUUGGAGCUGGGAGGGCUCUUCCAUGCAAUUAUGAGUCCUUCAGUUUGGAGAGAAGGAAACUGCAGCCCAAAAAGGAAGCACAUGUUUUGUCCAAGGUCACAGAGGUGAGUAAGGGAGGUGUUGGAAGGGGCUCCCCAGCUAGGUGGGCAGGCAUCUUUGGGAUCAGUGGUGGCAGUGUUAGGCAGGAACAUUCAGGAAGUGACUCAAGAAGGACAUGUGGCUGAGAGAAGAGACACACAUACGAGGUGGCAGAGAAAACACUUUUGAGCCACACAGCUUAUGUGCACACAGGGAAGGGUCAUCAAGACUGAAGAUCAAAUCCAGAGGAAAUUCUCAGUGGGUUCGGGGCAGGGCACUGGAACAUCAUCAAGGGCAGGAAAUUGCUUUCAAUAGUCUGUGCCAUCAGGGACUGGGAUGCAGCUGAAAUCCAGGGUGGUACCAGGAGCUAGGAUAAUGGGUAGGAAGCAUAAGGAUAAUGGGACAAACUCAGACCAGAGCAGUCCAUCGCUGGGCCAGGACUCCAUACAUUCCCUCUGCCCAGGGACUGUCUCCAGUGCAGGGCAGGCCUAAGUCUAUGGGCAAGAGAGUUAAGCAGGGACACACCUAGAAAAACUAGGGACCUGUAGAGGAGGGGGCUCUUUGACUCCAGAGCUCCAUUCCGGGUACCAGGGCCUCAGGGGUUCCUAGGCCUCACUGACAAAGAAUGAUCUUCCCCUUCAGCAACCAGGGCUGGGGCUCCUGGGGGACUGAGAGCCCCAAAACUCAGCCCGGAACUGGAGAUGCAGGUUUCCAUCAAUCUGCCUGUGACCCAAGAAGCCAGGUGAAGACAAGUGAAUGAAGACUGUGUUCCUUCUCAUGGCCUGGGGUGACAGGCAUCCCUCCAUCUCACCUCCUCCUCAAAGGGUGGCCUCUGAGCCAUCCGAAGAGAAACAGUUCUCUGGGCUCUCUGGGAGCUUUGAAGAUGGCUGGAGGUGGAUGGAAGGGAAGGGAAAGUUCCUCUGAACUCUAGAGCAUGACUCUCCAAUAAUUUUUUCCGUGACAGUGGAAAUGUUCUGAAUCCUUGCUAAUACAGCUGCCACUAGCCACAUGGGGCUCGUGAGGAAUUGAAAUGUAGAUAACACAACUUCAGUAAAAGAAUUUUAAAUUGUAUACUGGCAUAAAAGCCCAGCAGGGGCUAGGAUAGUUCCAGUUUUCACCAGACCCUGUUGGUGGCCAGUGUCAGGGAUGGGGCUGCCUGGGUGUCCCCAAAUA